UUGACCUUGAGCCUUACACUGCGUUGGAAAGGAGUGGACCCAUCCUUCAUGGGUGUGGCACACAGCUGUCGUGACGCCUGUGAUGCCAAAGACGCCCCGCCACAGAUCGUUGUGGCAGAGCAGAUCAUUACGGAUCUUGAGCCACAGCAGCCACAGCAUGAGAAAGCGAUUGAACUGCCAGAAGCAGACCAGGUGAUCCGGGUGACACAAGAGGGUUGCGCUCAUGGCACUGACAGCAAGAUUCGAAGGAGUUUUCUUCUGGAAAGGAAACUCUACACAGACACGGAGAUCAUGAGAGGCAUUCCAUUGAAAAACACACUUCGGAACUUUGGGCGUAUAUGGCGUCGGUCUCCUUUAGACAUGACUAAGAACGAGAAGUUGCACCUAUGGGAUGCUGCAUUUGCCGUCAAAGAAUUCGACGUCUUUCUUUCACAUACGUGGCAUACCAAAGGCAUUUGGAAAUUUCUCUCGUUGUCCUUGCAGAUCACUUGGAUCCAUAUUUUGCUUUGGGGCCUUGGGGCAGCUAUUUUCUGCGAAUUUCUCUUCUUCGUAGACGUGCUGCCCCCGCUUGGUAACCCUCGGGACGUCAGUUUUCGAGGAUACGAGGGCAUGGCACCUUUGAGUUUGUGGGCUGUGGUCGGAGAGUGCACUUGCGUGAUUCCUUUCUUGUUGGCUCCAUGGAUGCCGCUUGCGAACCAACGCUUCGCAUUCCUUGAUGUGGCGAGCAUCCAUCAAGUCGAUGAAGAUAUGAAGGAACGCGGCAUUUAUGGCCUCGGUUGUUUUCUUAAAGCUUCCAAGGAGCUGCGAAUCCUGUGGAGCCCACCGUAUCUCACCAGGCUUUGGUGCAUCUUUGAACUUGCUGCAUAUCGAAUUUCAAAUCCAGCAGGCAAAAUCGUGCUAAAGCCAUUGUUCUUGGAAGCUUCUGUUUUAGCAUGCUGGCUUGGAACGCAUGCGGCGAUUAUCUUGUGGCUUGUGAUGUCCGUGCAUUUAGCUUCGGGCAACUCCGUACUUUUUCUAUCAUUCGUCCCUUUCAUAGCGGUGUUUCAUUCACUUCGGAAGAAUUUCCUGAUGAAACGACAGCUAUUGAAUGAUAUUCGAAUUUUGAUUUGGAUGCAGUGGAAUGCCGCACCAACUUUGACAAGGACUGGACAUUCUCCAAACAAUUUUUAUUUUCGCAGUGAUGGCAGUUACUGCAUUCUGCGGACUACAGCUUGGUAACAGGGCAUAUCGGAAUAGCCUACUCACUGCUUCUAUUUGGGCAGCUGUCUCGAUCCUCUUCUUAUGGCUCAUGAACGGUGGCUUCUGUAUGUGCUGCAGAAAGAGUUUCCGUAAAUGAUGCUCAAACUUGGCAUCGAGCACUCAAUCAUCUGUCAAGAUAGAUGCCACAGGAUUCAAAUAGAUGAAGCGUAUUUGUUUCACCUCAUGGCGCAUUCCAUUGGGUAUACGGUAUAGCACUUUUCCUCC